UUUUAAUACCGUGACAGUAACAGAAACGAAUUUUCUUCCGUCCACGUGAAAUCAGUCGUAAAUUUAUAGUAAUUGUUUCCAUUGUCAAAAAGAGUUUUGUUGCGUGCAUUAUAGUUUGUGCGCGUGGCCGAUCGAGGAAGAAGACUUUUAUGCCUUCCACGCCGGGCACCGCCACUUUAUCAUGAUCAAAUUAUUCUCGUUAAAACAAGCGAAAAAGGAUGGCGAAUCGCCGAAAGCUGGUACUCAAAAGAAGGCAUCUGCAGCACAACUAAGAAUCACAAAAGAUAUAAAUGAGCUCAACCUGCCAAAAACAUGUGGAACAGAGUUUCCUGAUCCAGACGAUCUUCUCAGUUUUAAACUAAUUAUUUGCCCAGACGAGGGAUUUUAUAGAGGUGGAAGGUUUGUUUUCAGCUUUAAAGUUGGACCAAAUUAUCCGCAUGAACCACCUAAAGUAAAAUGUGAAACACAAGUUUAUCACCCUAAUAUUGACUUGGAUGGCAAUGUAUGUCUGAAUAUUUUAAGAGAAGAUUGGAAACCAGUUCUCACAAUUAAUUCUAUUGUCUAUGGACUACAGUAUCUGUUUUUGGAACCAAACCCAGAAGAUCCAUUGAAUAAAGAUGCAGCAGAGGUUUUGCAGAAUAACAGGAGAGUAUUUGAGCAAAAUGUAGCAAAAGCAAUGAGAGGUGGCUAUGUUGGAUCGUCUUAUUUUGAACGGUGUCUUAAGUGAUAGCGCUCGGUUUCUUUGAGGACACAUUGAGGAAAGAGGUUAAGAAAAAAACUGUUUUAUGCUUUGAACAUGUUCUUCACUUCUACCUCUUUCAUUUAUUAGCGAGCAUCAUUGUGUCUCUUCGAGUGCUUUGUACCUUUGAUCAAUAUACACCAUCGGUAAAAAUGCCAUCGAUGCGCUGUUAUCUUGGAA